UACCUGCCUCCAUAUCCUCCACGAUCAGUAUUCUGCCCCAGAACAACACUACUCUGACAAGCCUGCAAUUGCCCACUAAACCCUCGUUACAAAGACAGUUACAGGACUUUUUUUUGCUUGAUUAUAAAGGUAGUCGAUUACCUAGUCAUUCCUUUUUAUAACCGGUUAAAAAAAGAAGAUAAAAAGAACUACAGGCAGACUGUACACCAAAGCCUGCUAGUCCGGUAGCUUUCUGUCUGAGCUACCCCCUGAACUCAACGAGACAAAGCACUCUAUUUUAUCUAAAAAACGAUUCCGUGGUGGUGUUUUUUCAACCCGACCAGAGUUCAGAGAACCAAGAUAGGCAGCUUUGGAUCCAAGAUGUCGAACCGAGUGGUGUGCAGAGAAGCAAGUCACGCCGGCAGCUGGUACUCCUCCUCGGGAUCACAGCUGAAUGCACAACUAGAUAGCUGGUUGUCUCAGGCACAGUCCACCAUUGGACCUGCAAGAGCCAUCAUUGCACCCCACGCCGGCUACACCUAUUGUGGUGCCUGCGCAGCCCAUGCAUACAAACAAGUGGACCCCUCUGUUACUCGUAGGGUGUUUAUUCUGGGACCCUCACACCACGUGCCCCUGUCCCGCUGUGCCCUCUCCCUUGCCGAGGUCUACAAAACACCCCUCUAUGACCUGAGGAUCGACCAGAAGGUUUAUGCUGACCUCUGGAAAACAGGCAUGUUUGAGCGGAUGAGUCUGCAGACAGACGAGGACGAGCACAGUAUUGAAAUGCACUUGCCUUACACCGCGAAAGCCAUGGAGAGCCACAAAGAUGAGUUUAGCAUCGUCCCUGUGCUGGUGGGUGCACUGAGCGAGACUAAGGAACAGGAGUACGGAGCACUGUUCAGCAAGUACCUGGCGGACCCCUCCAAUCUGUUCAUCAUCUCAUCCGACUUCUGCCACUGGGGUCAGCGUUUUCGAUACACGUAUUACGAUGAGUCCCAAGGAGAGAUCUACAGAUCCAUUGAGAACCUUGAUAAAAUGGGGAUGGGCAUUAUAGAGCAGCUGGACCCGAUGUCUUUCACCAACUACUUGAAGAAAUACCACAACACCAUCUGUGGCCGUCACCCCAUUGGAGUGCUACUAAACGCGGUGGCGGAGCUGAGGAAGAACGGUUUAGAAAUGAACUUCUCCUUCCUGAACUACGCCCAAUCGAGCGAAUGCCGGAACUGGCAGGACAGCUCUGUGAGCUACGCCGCCGGGGCUCUCAUAGUUCAUUGAGGUCUGCCCCGUGGGGGAGGGGACCACUGCCUAUUGCCAUAACCUGAUCCAAACCCCCCCCCACCACCACCGUCACCCACUGAGCACCCACCAUCUGCAGGAAGGACCUAGAGAACCUAGAAUGCCAAUGACUUCCCUCCAUCAUCCUCGCUUAGCUCUCCCGCCGAUCUCCCCUCGGUGGGGGGGUGGACCGUUUUGCUGGGAUUGCAGUUUUGCUGAUUUAUAGGAGCCUAUGGUUCAGUAGCGGGGGGGGGGGGGGGGGGGCGUGCUGGGUAUUUUGGGGUGCGUAGGGUAGGAGGAGGAGGGGGUAUUUUGGAUCUCGUAAGGACUGGGGUUGGUCAAGUCCACUUUUUACUCCUCUAAAUAGGACUGAGGAUACAAGUUGAAAUGUAAAUUUCAUUUUAUCGCGACUCUCCUCCUGUGUGCUCGUGUUUUUUUUUUUUCCCCCUGAGAAAGUAUGAUUAAAGAGAAACUUCUAAAAUGAUUCAAGAGCAUUUCGAGGUCACCUGGAAGAAAUGGGUUUGACCGACAUCCUCAAGCAUUAUGCUGACUGAUAAUAGGGGUUGCUACUACCACGGUUUGUACAAACCUGCUUAUUGGUGUGGCUGCUAAAGGGCUGCAUUCAACCCAGUUCACUAACCCACUGCUGUACAUACCAAAUACAUUUACUACUAUUAUACUUAUACUAGUCGAUUUAAAUAUAAUCCUUUAUGCAUCAUUUUUUCUCUUUAUUUAAUCAGAUUUUGUUAGUUUUUCUUAGAUUUACUAGUAUUUACAAGCAGUGUGGUGGUACAAUUGAACGAGAAAGUGUUGUCAUUUAUGCUCCCCAUUGUUUAGCUGUACCCAGUUUUCCAGCGACCCCCUCGUAGCACUGAAUAGAUGUAUUGGCAGUGUCUGACUGCUGUCUUCAUGCUGUGUGAACAUACAACUACUAAUUUGAAUCCAUAACGUUCUACAGACCUUAGGAUAAAAAAAUAUGAUUAAAUCUAUUUAAACAGGUAAUUUAGUCAAUGUUACAAAUGGUCUUCUGGGCAACCGACUCAAGGACUCAGUCAAAUGUAGCGUUGCAGCACAUUUUCUGUGUGCCUCACUGAAUCUAUUCUCUUGUUACUGGUGGAUCCUUCUGCUGAAGUCAAGUGUUUACCAAUUUUAAAAUGAUGCACUCCUAGCACCCCUCCUUUUUAGAAAAUAAAAACCUUGGUUUCUGGUUUCAACAUGGGAAUUGGUUGAGGUUUGUUAAUGUUAAGAUAGCCAACUGGUCAAAAUCUAUUGACCGCACAACUGAAAAAGCGAGUCGGCCUUGACUCAUCGAAUCAGUGAAGAACACCACUAAAGCAUGACACACUGUGCUAUUGUGCCUUCGGAUCACUGCUGCACACUGAAAACCAUACUUUUCCUUGUCUUAUUUUACACCAUACGCUCUGGUUUGUUUCUCUCUAUAUGUAUCUUCUUUUUUUUGAGGACCCUGUAUUGUCUUGAAGUUAUCUUCUUUCCUACAGUAGGGAGUGGUCUCCCCCCCCCUGCCCAAAGCCCUAAGCUGAACCUCAGCACGGCUUCAUUUUGAGUUUGUUUUCUGCCGUUUAAUUGUUAGAUGUGUUUUUAUUUUUUGUAUUAUCUCUCUUGCAUAGAGAAUGGAAUUUCACAAGUCACAACACCUCCAAAAUAUACUGCUUAAAUACUCCUGCAAAGGAGCUGUUUCUAAUCUCAGGUUCCACAGAGGAAACAAAUCCCAAAAUACAGUCAAGGCUUAAGAUUCAUGUUACAAAAAAAGUAAAAAUAUAUUGAAAUGGAUGCAUUCUCCUGUCUUUAUUGAACAAUAGUGAUGUGUUGCUCUAACAUGCAAUCGAAAAAGUAACGUAUUUGAGAGAUUAUAAUUCAAAUGUCUGUAAACACGGAUGUAUGAAAUGCCCAUUUAACAGUGGUGUACAAUAUAAUGUAUGUAGACAGCUUUGUGUGUCCACAUUAAUGCGAUAUGCAUACAAACGUACCUCGAUUUUACCAGUAGAGGGAGCUAUAGUAAAUGAUGAAUCAAGUAAACCUAAAAUCUUCCCAUUUCCCAGUAUUGUGGUCCUUACCUCUUCUGAACAUCCCUCUCCUGGUCCCAUGCCGUUUUUUUGUUGGUAAUUGUCCUCCACCAAUGAUAACCUUAACCAUCAAUUAUAUUUUUUAUUCAAUUUUAGUUCAAUGUACAAUUAACAUGAAUUGGGUGUUGCCAUUAGACUCCAUCCCAAUAAAACGUUGAUAUAAAAGGGUGUAAACUAAUAUUCUAAUUCCAUUCACCAAGCAUUCAUUACUACUUACUUCAAUGAAUGGUGGCAUUUGUCUCUGCUAGUAUUGUUUGUUCUAUUUCAUAAUGCAUUCAUAAAGCAUUAAUCUGUCCCCUGUUUCUUUAAAAAGGGUGAUUGAGUUCAACAGUACUGGCAUUCAUGAAGGAUAAUCGGUAAUCUCACAGUGACAGACCUUGUAUCUCUACCUUUCAAUCUUUCUGUUUGAGAAUACUUAGUUCCCCUCUUUAGCUGUUAAAACUGCACAAACUAGAAACUGACCUUCAAAUGUUCAAAUUUCUCUUCACCUUUUUCAAUCAAAAGACUUGGGUUACUCCUCAUAUUCCUUCCCCUUCUCUGUUGAAGCUUGACGGGUUGGACUCUGAAUAACCCGAUUCGAUCUGACUGCC